AACCUGGCGUGUCUGUGGACCUGAACCAUACACUGUACGUCGCAAAUUGCAGACUUCUCAUAAUUGAAGCUGCCUCAAAUAGUUCGAGCGACUGAAGAAGCUUCAAUCCGGGGAAGAUUGUCAAAUAUCUUCACAUUGACAUACGACGCACACAGCGCGCAAACAUGGGAGUCGAAGAGCAGAAGGAAGAGCGCGAGAUUCUCGACUCAAUAUACCCGGACGAAAUUACAGAUAUCUCAGAUACAGAAUUCCGGAUAGCCAUACAGCUCGAAGUUACGAACGAUGAAGGAGAUGACUCGGAACCGCCAACGAUCAUUCUCAACGUCCGCUUCACCCCAAACUACCCCGACGAAGCCCCCGACCUCGACAUAACCCAGCCACCAAACGCCCCCAAACAUCCCUAUCUUGAUAUCCAAGACGACAAAGCCGUUCUCCUCUCUUCCCUCACCGAACCCAUAACCGACAACCUCGGCAUGCAAAUGGUCUUCACGCUCGUCACAACACUUAAAGACUCCGCCGAGCUGCUCAUAACCGAAAGACAAGGCGCAAAAGCGGCGCUCGCAGAGAUAGAGGCGCAGAAGGCCGAGGAGGAAGAGAACAAGAAGUUCCAAGGUGAGGCGGUCACUAGAGAGAGCUUUCUGCAGUGGAGGGAGGAGUUUCAGAGAGAGCUGGCCGAGGAGGAGCAAAAGAAGAAGGACGAGCAGGAGGCAGAAGACAAGAAGAAGGGGAGGAAAGAGGAAAAGAAGUUGACGGGCAGAGAAUUAUGGGAGAGAGGUCUCGUGGGCAAGAUAGAGGAAGAUGAGGGUGAAGAUGCUCUGGCAGGGAUCAAAGAUUUAAAGAUAGAGGCAGCAUCAUAGCGGCAGCGCUCAAACCGAUAGUGCAGGAGCAAUGUCUACGAAUAACAGCGCUAGCUAUUAGAACCAGUUAUACCCAUCGUGUCGAAUGCAAUUUGCAUAGGCC